AAAAACAGGAAAAGGAGCCAGCAAUUAAAAAUAAACUAUUUCAAAUAAAGGAGCCUCGUCAAUUGGCACAUGACACGCUACAUUUAAGUAUUAAUUGAAGGAUAAAAAAAAAACCAUGCAUAGAUCCAAUAGUGCAAAACAAUUGAGAGCUGUCGUUAACUGCAACUUAGUUCAAAAUAACAAUGAGCAGUGAAAAAAGUGUUAUUUUCGAGCAUAAUUAAAUAAAGUCACAGACAUGGCAGCCAGCUCCGCCUUGCAAUGCUUUCACACACGCUGCGGUCGCUCCAUAACGCUGGGCAAUGGCAAUCGCUCCGCGCAGCGCUCGAUGCGAAAUUUUAGUCAUGCGCUCGUCUUCAGUGCGGAGCCCCUCGUCGACGAUGUCCUCUUCGAGGUGGUCAUCGAGAAAAAGAAUCAUUCGUGGGGCGGCAGCAUUGAGAUUGGCGUCACUUCUGAGUCGCCCGAGGAUUUGGAAUUGGUUGCCUGUGCGACAGCUAUGAGGAAUGGCACCUGGGUCAUGUCGGGCAUUGAUGUGCGCAAGGAUGGCCGGCGUCUGAUCGAGUACUAUGGCACCGAUCUGGAGACGCUCAACGAGAAUGAUCGCGUCGGUGUCAUGCGCACCUCCAACCACGAUCUCAUCUUCUAUGUGAAUGGUGAAUCGAUGGGCAUCGCCGCCAAGAAUAUGCCCAAGCCGCUCUGGGCACUUGUGGAUCUGUAUGGGCGGUGUGUGCAGGUCUCCCUCUGCCCCACAGACGCCUGCAGCAGCUUGUUCAACAGCAGCAGCGAGCUGCUGGACUCGCCGUUGCAACAGCCAUUGCAGCAGGUUGUACAGAAUCUGGAUGUGCCCAUGAGCGUGGAUGUUAGUGUGGUCGAUAGCUGUAGCCUGGAUGCGUUGGCACGCCUUAAUCUCAAUGGCAAUGCUAGUUGUAGCUCGAGCAGCGGCAUUGGCGACUUCUACGAUGUGAACGAUCGGCUGCGGUUUCAUACGCGUUGCGGCUCCUUGGUCAAGCUGGUGCCCAAUUUCCGUUCAGCGGAGCGACGUCGUCCGCUCGAUGAGUUCAACAAUGGCGUCGUGAUGACCCAUCGUCCGCUGCGAGACAAUGAGCUGUUCGAGAUACGCAUCGAUAAGCUGGUGGACAAGUGGUCGGGUUCGAUUGAGGUCGGUGUGACCACGCACAAUCCGACGGUGUUGCACUUUCCGGCAACGAUGACGAACAUGCGUAGCGGCACCAUCAUGAUGUCCGGCUGUGGCAUCCUCACCAACGGCAAAGGCACGCGUCGGCAGUAUGGGGAAUUCAAUCUGGAUGAGCUGCGCGAAGGGGAUCGGGUGGGCAUGAUGCGUAAAUCGAAUGCCAAUCUGCACUACUACAUCAAUGGGCAGGAUCAGGGCGUGGCGGCGACACGUGUCGCUGCCACAUUAUGGGGCGUCAUCGAUCUGUACGGCAUGACCAUCAAAGUGACCAUUGUGGAUCGCGACGAGCGCGAACAACAGAAUUUGGUGACCAGGCGCAACAACUUUGUUGCCGGCAUGUACACCGCCGUCCAGUCAGGCACGCCCACACUGAGUCUGCUCAGUCCGGAGAGCGAAAUGAAUGUAGCCGGUGCAGCUGGUGGAUUGAGCGAGACCAUAUCCAGCACACGGGCCAUCGCACGCAACGAUGAUCGGCUCACAUUUCAUCACAUCUGCGGCAGCCAUGCCACAGUCACUCAAAGUGGACGCACUGCGCUUCGACCCAACGCUGCGGAUGAUUUCAAUAAUGGCGUGGUGCUCACACGUCGUCCACUGCGUCCCAAUGAACUGUUCCAGGUGCGUCUCGAACGCGUAGUCACCAAAUGGGCGGGCUCCGUUGAAAUGGGAGUGACCACGCACACCGCCGAUGAUCUGGACUUUCCGUUCACCAUGACAAACGUGCGCUCCGGCACCUGGAUGAUGACUGGCAAUGGUGUAAUGCAGAAUGGCGUCACUGUCAUCGAGCAGUAUGGCCAGAAUCUGGAUCGCCUCCAGGUCGGAGAUCGUGUGGGCGUGGUGCGUAAAGAUGAUGGCACCUUGCACUUUUGGGUCAAUGGCAUUGACCAGGGACCGGCUGCCACAAAUGUGCCGGAGCGUGUCUACGGCGUCAUCGAUCUGUAUGGCCAGGCGGCCCAGGCAAGCAUCAUUGACACCUCCGAGUGCGGCAGUCCCGAUACAGGCAACUCAACCAUUUCCAAUACGACGCUGUACAGCGAGGUUCCGCUCCGCUUCCACAACAUACACGGCGCCAACGCAGGCAUCUCGAACAGUGGCAUGACUGCAUCCCGUCCCAAUUCUCUUGCGGAGUUCAAUGAUGCCAUUGUAUUUAGCAAUCGGCCGUUGCGCAAUCGCGAACUCUUCGAGGUGGAGCUGGAGACAAUGGUGCGUCACUGGUCGGGCAACAUUGAGAUUGGCGUCACUGGCACUCGGCCGGAGGACAUACAACUGGCGCCAAAUGCUACAGAUUUGGAAGCCAAUGAUACGAUUAUAUUGUGCGGUCCAAUGAUCUUCCACAAUCGGAAGACCAUUCGGACGAAUGUGCUCAUCGAUCUGGAUACGCUUGGGACGGGCACACGUGUCGGCGUCAUGCGCAACGGCGACUUUAUACACUUCUUUGUUGAUGGCAUGGAUCAGGGUCCAGCCGGGGAGUGUCAUGCGCCCAACAUUUGGGCCAUCAUCGAUCUCUACGGGCAGUGUGCUCAGGUCAGUCUGACCCAAACACAGCUGGACAUACGUGCUCCGUAUGCCACCAGCGAGAAUUCGCAGAGCUGCCAGGCCACAUCUGUCAUACAGCAUCCAGCACUGGAGGCGAAACAUCGCUGGACCUACAUUUCGGGCAAUGUCGUUCUGACCAGGGAUUGGACAGAGGUAUCUCGAUAUGCUGGCGCCACGGCUGCUCUCUCCCACAGUCUGGUCUUCUCAGAGCAUCCGCUCAGCGCCGGCUCACCCUUUGAAAUCAAACUAACCUCCAUUAAUCCCAUUUUUGCCGGCUGUCUCAGCAUUGGCAUCACCGAUCUCAACUUGGCAGAUGAAAGUGUGCGCAAGAUGCUGCCGACGAGUCUCAAGCGCAUCCCGGCGAAUGUUUGGUAUGUCAGUGGCAACGAGGUCCACUUGAAUUCCAGCUGCCUGCAGCGAUCGCUAGCUUCCCUGGAAUGGUUGCGUGUGGAUGAUCGCAUUACGCUGGAGCGUGUGGAGAAUUCGGUUAGCAUUCUGCUCAAUUCGGAGAACGUCAAUAUUCAGUUUCACAAUGUGCCCAACAAUGUGUAUGUGGUGGCCGAGCUGAUGGGCUCAACGAUGGGUAUUCAGGUGAUUUCCACGCAGAUGCCGGCAUCGCCGUUACGUCCAUGCAGUCUGCGGCUGCAGGAUUCGAUGGACUUUGGCAUGGAUCCACUGAACAAGCAGGACAGCUCAAUGCUGGAAUCGAUCGAUUCAGAGGCGCAAAACUAUGAAUUCGUCGACAUAUCCAAUAAGAAUGUACGCCUCGGAGACGAUAGACGCAGUGCCGCCAGAAGCAAGUCCUUCAACCAGGCCAUCGUAAGCCUCAACAAGCCACUGUGCAAGGGCGAGAGCAUCAGCAUCAAAGUGGACACCAUCAACAAUAAGUGGAAGGGCACGCUCAGCUUGGGUGUGCUGGCCACGUGCCCGCAGGCACAAUCCAUGCCCAUAUCGCUGCUGAACUGCAAGAGCAGCUGCUGGCUGGCCACCCAUGACUACAUCAACAUCAAUGGUCAGGUUAUGGCCUCGAAGUAUGGUGAGGCACUCGAGAACAUACAGGUGGGCACAGUGAUCACCAUGACGCUGACACACGCUGGCAUGUUAGUCAUCAUGGUUGGUUCCACAAAUCUAGAGGAUCUGGCCAGUGGCUUGUCUGGUCAUGUGUAUCCAAUUUUUGAUAUCUAUGGCAAGUGUGAGAAAAUCACGCUGCUCACUGGAAGCGAUGCGACACGCAAUGGCAAUGCCAAUGGUACGCCAAUUUUGGAGGCACCUGAGGCACUGGAGUUAGACAAUAUGCCGCAGCAGUGCGAGAAGGCGCACCUUGAGAUGCAUGAGAAGGAGAAGGAUACGGAGCAGUUGAGCGAUAGUGGCAGAGAAUUUCCAACGGGUGCCUCAACUUCUGCCUCUGGCAACAUCAUGACCCGUUCGGUUAUGGAGAGCGUCUCGGAGAAUCUGCUGCUUAAUAUUUCGAUUAAGAAUCGCACACUGGAACAGCAACGAAAUGAGCUAGGAGGCUCUUCAUCCACGUGUUGUCUGCGCGAAUCCUUGCAGCUGCAGCACAACACGAAUCUGAACAUCCAGCGGAGUCAGAGCACCCAACGUUUCCAGAACUCGCUGAAUACCUCAACGGGCGGUGGUGCGAGCGGCUCGAAUAAUGCUGUGGCUCAGGCGCAUGCAUCGAACGCUGUUUACGACACGAACAAGGAGUACGAUGAUCAACCAUUGUGCUCCAAUGUGGCCUCCUCGUCCAUGGUGGCCUCACACGAAUCGGAGCAUAGUGAGAACAAUGUGGAGGCUGUAGUGGAGGCAAUCAACGAACGCGAACAGUCCAGCGAGCCGGGUGACAAUGUGCUAGAGGAUGAUGAAAUUGAUUAUAUGAAUCAUUUGUUGCUGCUGCAGCAGUUGCAGCAGAAUGAGUACACGCGCAUGCAGCAUCAUCUGAUGCCCGAUCAGAUGUCCUUGCUGAAUUUGGAUCUCUCCUCGCUCAACUCCCUGGAAUCGGAGACCAAUUCCAGUAGCAAUGCUCGCGAAUCUUUGCGUACGGCAGCAGCGGGACUGGAGCAAAACGAUUGCGAGUAUCUGAAGCAGGUGAAACGUUUCUGUUCGUCGUUGGUGCUGCCGCAGGCCUUCUUCGAUACACGCCUCGAUCCGAUUUGCUUCUGCUCCAAGUGCAGCGGAAACUGCCACGGCAACGGCGACAAACUAGAGGGCUGGGUCUACUUCAAGCUAAACCAGCUGACAGUCAAUGCGCUGAGCACAUCUGCUUCCGGGUCAUCUGCUGGGCAAGUGCACUUGGAUCUCAAUGGCGAUUGGCUACCCUUCUACUAUAUGACGCGCGUGGAUAAGAUACGCGCCAUAUUGGAUCGGGGACAGCCACUGCCGCUUGAAAUGGACGAGGACAUGGUGACGACCACGCAUAAGGAUGAGCCCGGCACCCGCCUGGAGUUGUAUUAUUCGCCCAAUGCCACCGUUAUUGAACCAGUGCUGCCGCAACAUCACUAUGUCUCCGAUCAGGGUGUGCAUCGCAUCUCCACCUCGUUUGAGGUGUAUGUACGGCGUCAGUCUAUCUCUGGCGUCACCACGGGCAAAACAGCCGCCGAGGCGAAGAGACGCAGCCUGAAUACGAUCGACAAUGAAGCGGGCAAUGAGGGUGCCGCAGCUAGCGGCGGAUCUGGCACUCUUAAUGAAUCCUCUGUACAUCUGCUCAACGACCUAUGCUGGUUUACCAAAGAGGCGGGCGCCUGCAUCAUAAAUGCAUUAAUUAUCAAACUGGAUCGCAUCGAAGAGCCCUCAAUCGACCCCUAAAUAAACUGUCCACGAAUAGUAGAAUAUAUCUCCAAAUACAUAUGUAUACAUAUAUAUGCCCUAGUCACCAUUGCAGCUGAAUGUUCUAAUUAACUCGUAUAUAGCCCAUGUAUGUGAUUAGAUACACGCUACGCUUAGCUUCGCAUUUGCAUUCCCCCCUUUAUAAGUAAACAUGUUUUUUAAUGUGAGCGCAUAUAAAUCUCAAAAUAUAAUCACAAUGUUAUGCUA